AGCCAUCGUCCUCAGCGCCCACCCUCUCCAACAUCCUCAACCCAAACCCUAACCCUAACCCUCCAUCAAAGAUCUCAUCAUCAAAUCCGCAAAUCUUGUCCCCAUACCCGCCGGCCUCCUCCGUCUCGGGCUUCAUCUUUGACUCUAUCCCCGAUCCUGCCGCCAAACCUUAAUUCAAUCGCCGAUCCCUUCGAUACAGCGCCGAUCGCAGGAGAUGAGAUCAGGAUCUCCGGGUUCAACCCUGAGACGGUUCAAGAGGAUUUGAUUCCCAGCGGUAUGUUCCCUCUCGGGUGAGUCCCAAAGAGAUAAAAUCACAGCAAGCUUUUGGAAUCUCUGUGCUCUUGGGUUUCUGGCAACUGUCUUCUCUGCUAUACAUGUGUGCUUUUAUUGGGAAACACAUCAUUGGAAUUUGGUACAAGUCUUGCUUCAAUUGAAGAUUAUACUAGUGUGCUAUAAUUGGGAAACACAUCAUUGGAAUUUGUGUAGGUGCAGAAGAGUGGCAGGCUUCUAACUGAUUAUUGGGUAGGAUCGGUUUGUUUUCCUACAACCAGUUUGUAGGGCAUAGGCUGAGCAAGGUCGAACUUCAUCAAGCAUCAUAGAAGCAAUGGAGCCACCAAAUUCAAGAAAUUCUCGGACUGCUCACCCUCAAGUUCAUGGAAAACAUAGGGAGAAAUACUUUUCUACUUAUGAUAGAGAGCAUCUUAGUGGACAGCAUAAUCAUAAAAUACUUGGACAUAAGCAGAAGGGUCCUGAAAAUUAUGUUAGAAAGAGGAGUCGACAUGAACAUAUUUCAAGGACGCCUGGUAGAUCUGAUUGGGAUGAUGGACGAUGGCAAUGGGAUGAUACUCCUCGUCGUGAUGGUCGUGAUAGCCGCUCUAUUUCCUACAAGCCCAAUCGUUUAUCACCAUCUCCUAUGCUAGCUGGGGCAUCACCAGAUGCACGGUUAGUGUCUCCAUGGUUGGGUGGAAAUACACCUCGUUCUGCAGCUUCACCGUGGGAUCAUAUUGCUCCUUCUCCGGUGCCAAUACGUGCAUCGGGCUCCCGUAGAAGAGCUUCUGAAUCUAGUAGUGGUCAAAGAAUGCAUCGGCCUACCUCUUCUUCAGUUACAAUUUGGGAGGACAAUGGGGUUGAUAAGAACAAUUUGGCACUUGAACAAACAUACAACAUUACAGAUGAAAUGCGUCAGGAAUGGGAUUAUAACGCUGAUCGGGCAUGGUAUGACAGAGAAGAAAUUAACACGAUGUUUGAUGCUGUUAGCUCAUCAAUUUUUCUUGGGGAUGAUGCAUCAUACCGGAAGGAAGAAGCAGAGUUGGCAAAGAAGUUGACUCGAAAAGAUGGAUCUCUAAUGACCCUUGCCCAAAGUAAGAAGCUGUCACAACUUACUGUUGAUAAUGCUCAAUGGGAAGACCGGCAGCUUUUGAGAUCUGGAGCCGUUAGAGGGACAGAGGUACAGACGGAAUUUGAGAAUGAAGAUGAGCACAGAGUUAUUCUGCUUGUUCAUGAUACAAAGCCUCCUUUCCUUGAUGGGAGGGCUGUUUACACAAAGCAGGUGGAGCCUGUCAUGCCUAUAAAAGAUCCCACAUCAGACAUGGCCAUAAUAUCACGAAAGGGUUCUGCAUUGGUGAGGGAUAUUCAUGAAAAGCAAAGCAUGAACAAGUCACGGCAACGGUUCUGGGAGCUUGCGGGAUCAAAACUCGGAGAUAUAUUAGGUGUUGAGAAAACAGCUGAGCAGGUUGAUGCAGAUACAGUCAAAGUAGGAGAGCAUGGUGAAGUUGACUUCAAGGAAGAUGCAAAGUUUGCUCAGCACAUGAAGCAAAAGGGUGAAGCUGUCAGUGAAUUUGCUAAGUCAAGGUCCAUAGAGCAACAAAGGCAAUAUCUACCUAUAUUUUCAGUCCGCGAAGAGUUGCUGCAGGUGGUCCGUGAAAAUCAGGUUAUUGUGGUGGUCGGCGAAACUGGUUCAGGAAAAACUACACAGCUAACACAGUACUUGCUGGAGGAUGGGUAUACACGGAGUGGGAUUGUUGGGUGUACCCAACCCAGACGUGUGGCGGCGAUGAGUGUUGCAAAGCGAGUAAGUGAAGAAAUGGACACUGAAUUGGGUGACAAAGUUGGAUAUGCCAUUAGAUUUGAGGAUGUUACAGGACCAAACACUUUAAUAAAGUACAUGACAGAUGGUGUACUUCUUCGAGAAACUUUGAAAGACUCUGAUCUAGACAAAUACCGUGUUGUUAUCAUGGAUGAAGCGCAUGAGAGGUCACUAAGUACUGAUGUUUUGUUUGGUAUAUUGAAGAAAGUUGUCGCUCGAAGGCGUGACUUUAAGCUCAUUGUUACAUCAGCAACACUAAAUGCACAAAAGUUCUCCAACUUUUUUGGAAGUGUGCCAAUAUUUCACAUUCCUGGAAGGACGUUUCCUGUGAACAUCUUGUACAGUAAAACACCUUGUGAAGACUAUGUUGAAGCUGCAGUGAAGCAGGCUAUGACAAUUCACAUAACCAGCCCUCCUGGUGACAUUCUCAUCUUCAUGACAGGACAGGAUGAGAUUGAAGCCACCUGUUAUGCCCUCGCUGAGCGUAUGGAGCAGCUAAUUACAUCGACCAGCAAGGCUGUGCCCAAGCUUUCCAUACUGCCUAUAUACUCUCAGUUGCCGGCAGACCUGCAAGCUAAGAUCUUCCAGAAAGCUGAGGAUGGGGCUCGCAAAUGCAUCGUGGCAACCAACAUUGCAGAGACAUCUUUAACGGUGGAUGGAAUCCUGUAUGUAAUAGACACUGGUUACGGCAAAAUGAAAGUCUACAACCCGAGGAUGGGUAUGGAUGCACUCCAAGUUUUUCCAGUCAGCCGAGCAGCAGCUGAUCAGCGGGCUGGGAGAGCAGGCAGAACUGGUCCGGGUACAUGCUAUCGUCUGUACACAGAAUCAGCCUACCAAAAUGAAAUGCUCCCAAACCCUGUUCCGGAAAUCCAGAGGACCAACCUUGGUAAUGUGGUUCUGCUGCUUAAAUCAUUAAAGGUCGAGAACCUAUUGGACUUUGACUUCAUGGAUCCGCCUCCUCAGGAGAACAUUCUGAACUCUAUGUACCAACUUUGGGUGCUGGGUGCAUUGAAUAAUGUUGGCAGCCUCACGGACCUUGGCUGGAAAAUGGUUGAGUUUCCCCUUGAUCCGCCACUGGCGAAGAUGUUACUGAUGGGGGAGCAGCUGGAGUGUAUAAAUGAAGUGCUAACUAUUGUUUCAAUGCUUUCAGUUCCAUCAGUUUUCUUCCGUCCAAAGGACCGAGCAGAGGAAAGUGAUGCAGCGAGGGAGAAAUUCUUUGUCCCUGAAUCUGAUCACCUGACACUUCUAAAUGUGUACCAGCAGUGGAAAUCAAACCAGUACCGUGGUGACUGGUGUAACGAUCACUUCUUGCAUGUCAAAGGUCUCAAGAAAGCAAGGGAAGUUAGGUCCCAAUUGCUGGACAUUCUCAAAUCCCUGCAUAUCCCUCUGACAUCGUGCGGGAUGGAUUGGGAUGUGGUGCGGAAGGCCAUAUGUUCAGCAUAUUUCCACAAUGCCGCAAGGCUGAAAGGUGUUGGAGAGUAUGUCAAUUGCCGCAAUGGGAUGCCAUGCCAUCUUCAUCCAAGCAGUGCUCUCUAUGGCUUGGGAUAUACACCAGAUUAUGUUGUCUACCAUGAACUUAUACUAACCACUAAGGAGUAUAUGCAGUGUGUAACUGCAGUUGAACCACAGUGGCUGCCGGAGUUGGGCCCUAUGUUCUUCUCUAUUAAAGAGUCUGACACUUCCUUGCUUGAUCACAAGAAGAAACAGAAGGAAGAGAAAACUGCGAUGGAGCAGUUGAGGUCAGAGAAAGCAGAAGAAGCGAGGAACUGCAGCAGCAGGUUAUAAUGGCUGGACUGAACCAGGAAAAAAAUUAAAAAUGCUUUAAUAACCUUCAUGCAUUUUAACAUAUAAAAAACUAGUUAAAAGUUGAACUCAUGUGAUAUUUUAAUAGAUAAAUGAUGAGUCAAUAAACUAACGUCAUUUAGUUAA